UCUGAUUUUGAAUUUAAAUAACAUAACCUAAAAAAUAAUUGAUGUUGACAACUUUAUCGUAUACUUUAUAAUAUACAAUUAAUUGAGAUAUCUAUAAAUUUAAAAAACUUACAAUGUAUAAUUAAAAAGUGAUAAUUAAUUAUAGAAUAUUUAUUAAUAUUAUAUUAUUAUAUUAUAUAUAAUAUAUUAAUAUAUUAAUUAUAAAUAUAGCAAAUUGAAAAAAUUUAAUCAUGGUUAUUUAUGGUGUUUAUAUUGUAUCAAAAUCAGGCGGAUUAAUUUUUAAUCAUGAUCAUAAUGUUCCGCGAAUCGAAAAUGAAAAAACAUUUAAUUUUCCACUUGAUAUAAAAUUAAAUUAUGAAAAUAAAAAAAUUGUUGUUUCAUUUGGACAAAAAGAAGGAAUUAACGUGGGUCAUGUUUUAACUGCAGUAAAUAAUAGUCCUGUUGUAGGACGUGAAUUAGAAAAUGGUAAAGAUGUGAUUGAACUGUUAGAACAACCAGAAAAUUUUCCUGUAUUACUUAAAUUUAGCCGUGCUAGAAUGACAACCAAUGAAAAAAUUUUUUUAGCCUCAAUGUUUUAUCCUUUAUUUGCAAUUGCCAGUCAAUUAAGUCCUGAACCACGUUGUUCUGGCAUUGAAGUUUUAGAAGCUGAUACAUUCAGGUUGCAUUGCUAUCAAACAUUAACUGGAAUAAAAUUCAUAGUAGUGGCAGAACCCACUCAAAGUGGAAUAGAAAUUCUGUUAAAAAGAGUAUAUGAAUUAUAUGCUGAUUAUGCUUUAAAAAAUCCUUUUUAUUCAUUAGAAAUGCCAAUCAGAUGUGAAUUGUUUGAAACUAAUUUACAAAGUUUAUUAGAAAAUAUUGAAAAGUCUGGUUCUAGCAAUGUAUAAGUAAUAAAUUAUUAUCUCAUAAAUAAUAUUAAAUAAAUAUAAAACAUAUAUAAAAUAUGAUUAUGUUAAUUAGAUUAAAUCUUAUUUGAUAUUAUGAAAUAUCAUAUUAAAAUAUAAAUGAUACAAUGAAUAUAAAUAAAGAUAAUUCUCUUGUUUGUAUUUAAUAGUAAACAUAACAAUUUAUUAAAAUAUUUUAAAAAAAUAUAUUAUAUGUAUGUAUAAAAAUUAUUGAAUAUUUUUCUUAAUAAGAUUGCUUCUAUGAGAAUUUUGAUGUAAGGUUCUCUAUCUUUUUAACAAAACUGAAAAUAUCAUCAGCUAAAAGUCUGGGUUCUUCAAAAGCUGCAAAAUGUCCACCACGUGAUAUAAUGUUGUAUUGAAUUAUAUUAGGAUAUUUUUGUUUAAGCAAACUUUCAGG